AUUUAGCUCUUCCAGGAGGGUUGGAUGUCUGGCUCCGCUGUAUUUAGACUGUUGCGCGUCCACUGCUGUCACAGAAUGUGUUUUCCUGUCACUGUCUUCUUGUGCAAUUCGCGCUGUCUUGGCUCGGCUCGGUUCGGCUCGGCUCGGCUCGGAUAACUGAUCGUAUCGUGGAACACGGGUGGACAGAGGGGCUGAAGGUGUGAGUGGAAGCUGUGGAGGAAAUGAUUCCUUCAGCAGGAUGAACCGGAGGAAAGUUAGGGCCGUGUUGGUCCCGCGCUGUCUGCUGCUGCUCCUGCUGCUCCUGCUGCUGUGUGUCUCUGCAGAGGUCUCUGACCAGAGAAUCUUGACUGUUGUUACAGCUGCUCUCUCCUGUUCACAAGGCUUUGAAGAGCUGGGAUAUUAUAACGGCUCAGUUUUCCACACGGACUCGGGCUUCCCCUGCCUCAAGUGGACAGAUUUCCCAGAUUACAUACAGCAGUACCCGCAGAGAGGACUGGGAGAGCACAACUUCUGCCGAAACCCAGACGGAGAGGCCAACCCCUGGUGCUUCUUCAGGCAGAGCUCUGGUGCCAUCAGCUGGGCUCACUGUGACUGCCAGCAGGGUGCAGCCAGAUUGGUGGGAGGGUCAUCGAUCAACAAUGGGCGACUGGAGGUCUAUGUGAAUGGCCAGUGGGGGGCAGUAUGUGACACACACUGGACUGACCGUGAUGCCAGUGUCGUGUGCAGACAGCUUGGACUCAGUGAGAUCGGUACAGCCCUGCACGAAUCCUACUUUGGUCCUGGGUCAUUCUUCCAUUAUGAGCGUCUGGGUUGCCGUGGUAAUGAAAAUUCCUUAGUGCUGUGCCAGAGCCAGAAGUUUGUCACCAAUGACUGCAACCAUGGCAACGAGGCGGGGCUGGUUUGUGCUGAACCGGAAGGCACUGGAAUCCCUCUGAGGCUGGUGGGUGGCCUGGAGGACUUCGAGGGUCAUGUGGAGGUGUACCACAAAGGCAGGUGGGGAACUAUCUGUGGUCACCACUGGGAUGACACUGAUGCUGAGGUGGUUUGUCGGCAGUUGGACCUGGGGGGUGUGGCUAAAGCUUGGUCAUUGCCUCACCAGGGAUUUGGUCCCAUCUUGCUAAAUGAGGUCCAGUGCACAGGAAAUGAACUCUCUCUGGACGAGUGUCCUCAUAACAACUGGGAACCACACAACGGUGACCACAAGGAAGUGGCAGCUGUUUCCUGCAACCCAUACACAGACGGUGCAGUGCGGCUGGUGGGAUCAUUAAAGCACUGGGAGGGUCGCGUGGAGAUUUACCACCAGGGACAAUGGGGCACUGUGUGUGACGACAACUGGACGGAGCUCAACACACAGGUAGUGUGUCGACAGCUGGGCUUCAGGAGCCAGGCUGACGUGUCCCCUGAUGUUGUGUAUGAAGAAGGUCGUGGGCUGAUCCUGCUGGAUGACGUCAGGUGUCAGGGAUCAGAGUCCACUCUACUGGCCUGCUCCCACUCCCAGUGGGGCGACCAUGACUGCUCCCACAGCGAGGACGUGGUCGUUCGCUGUGAGAGAGAACGAGACGCCAGUGACAUGUCAGCCUCAGGCCCUCUGGUGCGUUUGGUUGGUGGAGAAAGCAGAAAGGAGGGGAGAGUGGAGGUCUUCAUCAAUAACCAGUGGGGAAGUGUGUGUGACGACGGCUGGAAUGAUGUCAGCGCAGCUGUAGUUUGCAAACAGCUCGGGUUCACUGGCUCAGCGAAAGCUCGGUCCAUGGCGUACUUUGGCGAGGGUCGAGGUCCGAUCCUCCUGGACAACGUUCGCUGCUCUGGGAGGGAGACGUCGUUAGAGCAGUGUUCCACAGUGGGUCAGGACGGACAUGACUGUCGCCACAGUGAGGACGCUGGGGUCAUCUGUGACUACACGCUGGACCCUGUGGGAGACAUGUGGACACACACCUGUGGCAUGAGGCUCAAUAAUCAACGGCGGCGCCGGCGGAUUAUAGGAGGAGAUAAGGCGCUGAGGGGUCAGUGGCCCUGGCAGGUUUCUCUGUGGCUGAGGUCUCAGUCUAAAGGAAACCAUCCUCUGUGUGGCGCCUCUCUCAUCAAUGCCUGCUGGGUUGUCACCGCUGCCCACUGCUUCAAGAGAUUUGGCAGAGAUCCAUCACACUACGUGUUACGCCUGGGGGACUACCACACUGAGGAGCAGGAUGACUUUGAACGCACCUUGUCCCCUGAACGCAUCGUCAUCCACAGGAAGUAUCACAGUCAGGACUGGGAGUAUGACAUCGCCCUUGUGAGGCUCAAGGGUACAGAGGGCAACUGUGUGGCAUUCAACCCUCACACUGGUGCAGUGUGUCUGCCAGAGUCAGGCAACAAGUGGGAGAAGAGACCGGACGCCUGUGUGAUCACGGGCUGGGGCAUCACAGACUCAGAGUACUCUCGGACUCUGCUCCAGGCCUGGGUGCCCCUGCUCCCGUCUUGGAAGUGCAAGAAACGAUACGCUCAUCGCUUCACGAGCCGUAUGCUGUGUGCCGGGAGCCUGUCGGAGCGCCACCGCGUGGACAGUUGCCAGGGGGACAGCGGGGGUCCGCUGGUUUGCCAGGGGGAGGGGGGCCGUUGGGUGCUGACAGGUAUCAUCUCGUGGGGUCACGGCUGUGGUAACCCCUCUUUCCCCGGGGUGUACACUCGUGUCAGCAGGUUCCUGAGGUGGAUUGACAAAGUCAUUAACAAACCCUUCACCAGCUAAUGAUGGAGCGCAGCAGUGUUAUACAGUACACUCAGGUUCCGCCUCCUGCCCGCUGCUCGCUGCCCGCGCUGCUCGCUGCCCGUGUUGUGCCUGCUGAACUCCUCAGAUGACGUGUCUCUGCUCCAGUGUCACUUCCAAAGACGUGUUACUAACAUGGCUUAAUACUGUCAGUGUGAAAUAGUGUCAGAUGACUGGCGGUGUCACGAUCUCCAUUAUAAAUAGAAUAUGAUUCUAAACGACAUCACGGUCUUGACCUCUGAUUUGACCACGCCUCCAGUGUAGGCGUGCCAGAGGAAAAUAAAUAGCGUUGUAGCCAUUUUAGCACGACUACACGUUACCUCAUCCCGCUAACCCAACACUGCUGCCAACUCAUAGUAACCAUGGCAACUGGAGUUUUGUUUGUAAGCUGAGUUAUGCACGUGUUUAGCACAGCACAGAACAUCUCUGUAUGACG